GGAGGAAGGUGACUGGGUAGGGGCCAAGGGGGAUAGUAGGGGCUGAGCCCUCCCAGACACAGACCUGGGGAGAGCGUCCGUAGUUUCAGUUCCCAGCAACUGGUGGCAGCAGGUUGGCAUUUAAGAUGGCAGGGACAGCUCGCCACGAUCGAGAGAUGGCAAUCCAGGCCAAGAAAAAGCUCACCACGGCCACUGACCCCAUUGAAAGACUCCGACUGCAGUGCCUGGCCAGGGGCUCUGCAGGCAUCAAAGGACUUGGCAGAGUGUUUCGAAUUAUGGAUGACAAUAAUAACCGAACCCUUGACUUCAAAGAAUUUGUGAAAGGGCUAAAUGAUUAUGCCGUGGUCAUGGAAAAGGAAGAGGCAGAGGAGCUCUUCCGGAGGUUUGAUAAAGAUGGAAAUGGAACAAUAGACUUCAAUGAAUUUCUUCUUACAUUAAGACCUCCCAUGUCUAGAGCCAGAAAAGAGGUAAUUAUGCAAGCUUUUAGGAAGUUAGACAAGACUGGAGACGGAGUUAUAACAAUUGAAGAUCUUCGUGAGGUAUAUAACGCAAAACACCACCCUAAGUAUCAGAAUGGAGAAUGGACCGAGGAACAAGUAUUCAGGAAAUUUCUGGAUAACUUUGAUUCACCCUAUGACAAAGACGGAUUGGUGACCCCCGAGGAGUUUAUGAACUACUAUGCAGGGAUGACGGGUGAAAUCUGUUGAAAGAAACAUAAACAAAUGAUUGAUGGGGGUUCUGAGAACACUGCUGUGUGAGAAGAGUUCUUUUGCCACCUCAGUUGGUGCGGUGAGAAGCUUGUGGUGAAGCAGUUCUUCCUCUCUGAGAAUAGCAUGACCUUCUUGUUUUAUUUUCACACCUGCUUCGCCAAAGCCAGUAUCUUCCCUCAGCAAAAUAGAGUGAAAGGUGCUCUUUAGGAGUGAACCCACCGAAAAUAUGAGCCAUGGACCGGUAACAGGUUUUGAUAAUGGACCUUGCAAGAACCAGAAAGGUAUAUCGUAUCAGGGAAAGAAAAAUCUCAAAAUGUACUGCCCUAUUUUCUUUUGUUCUAGAUUUCUUCUUACUCUUCAUAAAUGGAACUUAUUUGUUUAUGAUUUCUCUGGAGUAUGAUACAAAUUCUAAUAGCCACUGAACACGGUUGACACGAUUUCUGUUUCACUGAAGUUCUUGUGAGCACCAUGAGUUUCCUGUUCCCACUCUUGCUCCCAACAUGGAGACACAUGGCACGUGGCUCAGAUGUUUCAUUCUGCAUGAGACCUCAUAAUAAAUUUAAGAGGGACCCUGUAACUUAGAGCUCAAGCACCUGAAAUUUCGAAGCAACAUCUGAGUAUGUAGUUUGUAAUUCUGUCAUGAAAGACGAGCAACUUUUUCUUUAUAAGCCUUAGCACUUGGCACUCAGACACUGGUAUUGAUUCUGGGAACAUCUUGAUCUUAAACUUGAAAGGUUUGAGUUGCUGGUCUCCUAGAAACACUCAGGCCACAUGCAGAACUGAUGACUGUCAGUGCUCUGAGAGAGACUUAGAACAGAAAAGGAACCUGUAAUUGAGAGAAAAUGACAGAUGGCAGAGUAGUUUGCUCUUGCUGGGGUUAUAGUGAGCCUCCGAGUGCUUCCACCUUGAUGGGAUAAAGUGCAGCACAAACGCAGGGCAUUACCAAAUGCCAGGCGUUACCUUCUGAAACCCAGAUCAUUCUUUUAGUUUCCAAGGGGACUGUGGAAUAAACUCUGUUCCACAGGUUUCAUCCUUAGUCAUGCCUAAAAUCUCAUUUAGCAAUAUCAUUCCACAUCCAUUUAUUUAAGAUUAUCUUUGAAGCUGCACGGUAAAUAUAGGAAAUCACCAUUAAUUUAAGCUUCUCUAAUUGAGCUCACUUAGAUAGGGUUUGAGUGAAAAUUUACUUCUGUUUCAUCUAUAUUAAAAAGAAUGGCUUGUUAAGCAAGUCAGUAUAUAAAGAUUAUAAGAGCUGUGCCUGCCUAUGUGCACAUAUGUUUUACAGGUACUUGGAGAUACCUAUUUGCACAUAAAUGUAAUUAAUAUGCUAGUCAUAAAAAGUUCCCACAUAUCUGAAAACGGCCCUAGAUCAAUUGUUCAUUGGUAAUACUUUAUUUACCUAAGUGUGACAUAAACUACUUGCUAGAUAGUGAGGAGUUCCUAUAUGUAAAUCUUAUCCAGAUAGUAUCUUUAAUAGAAAUUGAAGCUGAAAAACAAUGUUUUAUAAAGCAGAAUUUCCGUGACAUUUAUGAUAUAAAUUUUCAAAUAUUCUGUUUAAAGAGCUAUACAUGCUUGUAGUGGUAAGCUAUGUAUGCAUUGAAAGCAAGAAUUUGUCAUAAUGGCAACAGUUAGGAUAUUGCUUCGAGGAACCAGAAAUUGAGAAGAUUUUGAGCUACAAGGUUAGAUAUGGUUUAAUAUCUAAUACCAACUUUGUCAAUUUAUCACAUUAUCGUACUGUGCUUUGCCAUUCACAUGAUUUUCUAAUGUAAUAGAAUUUCUUCAACCGAAGGCUUGAAACAUUAACAACUCUUGUACCAAAAGAAUUCAUCUAGCUUUUGUUUCUGUUUUAAAGUCUUUCCAAAAUAUUUUUCUUCUUAAUAGCUAACAUGUUACAUAUCAUGCUUCUCUAAAAGGUUACUUCCCAGAGGGUGCUUUUGGAUCAUUUAAAAAUGUUACUUGUGUGAUAUUUCAGUUGAAGGUGAUGAAGUUUCUUCUUUGAAAAUGAUAAGGCCCUGUUCAAAUUGUACUUGCUCAUGUUUUUAAAAGGACAGAAUGUAACUCCCCCCCCCCCCGCCCCCAGUUAUUUUGACAGCCAAGAAUGAGAGUUUGAA